CAAUUGCAAGGACACACAUUACUCAACGAGAGCUGUUACGUUAGCCUUGUUCUUAAUUUUCCAAUUAAUUAAUCGCUCUUUUAUCUUGUAGUUGAACGCCAUACUUGCAAAACAGUCAUGGAGGUUGAUGAUCUUGAACAGAAUUUGCUUCAACAGUUUAGCUGUAUGGGCACGACAGAUCACGAAGUUUUAAUUUCUCAACUAAGAAAGUUGGUGGGUGACGAUGUAAACGAGGCAACGGCAUCCUUCUUUCUCGAUAUGAAUAAUUGGAACCUCCAGGCUGCUAUAUGUUCUUAUUUUGAAUUCCAAUCCACUCACAAACUUCCCAAUAUGACAUUGGUCCAAGAUGUCACGAUUGGUGAAGGUGAAAGCGUCCCACCUCAGACCAGCUUUGUCAAAACCUGGAAAGUUGCUAACAAUGGAGAUGACAGGUGGCCUGAUGGCAGUUACUUGGCUUUUACUGGAGGUGUCAACUUGGCCUUGCAAACGGCUGUUCCUGUUGCACCUUUAAAUCCUGGCGAGGUUACAGACAUUAGUGUUGAUAUGAAUAGCCCCUCUCUCCCUGGAAUGUAUGAGAGCAAAUGGAGAAUGGCUACUCCUAAUGGUUCUUAUUUUGGAGACACAAUAUGGGUGAUCUUGAGUGUUGCAGAAGGAGGAACAUUGGCUUUAACUCAGCAACUUACUCAUUUCAAUGCUCUUGGUUCAGUAAUACCUAUUGGAGCACCUUUUAAUCCAUUUGCUGCACAGAAUGUUGGUCGGCCACAGCAUUUACAUCAGGAUGACGCACAGAUGGGAUCUUAGUUUCUUAAUACCACAUUGAUUACUCUUGUUGUGAAAGGGAACCUGUUUAUAUAAUCUUACAAGUAUGAAGAGUCUACGAUUUUAAUUUCCAUGCAUAUUGGAUUUUCCUUUUCAUAAAAUUGUGUGUGUUUGUGGAAGUGAGAUGUGAUCUUAAAUUCUAAUGGGUUUUCUUCAAGUGAACGAGUAUUGUCGAGGUAAAAUUACCCACGGUUUUUCAUUUAGUAUUUUGUAUACUCUAGUAAUAUCAUUGCGAAAUUCGAUUGUUUUUUGGAAUAAAGUGUAAUCAGAUUUA